UGUUAACCUCAAGAUCUGUUUUGCGUUUGUGAGUCAAAGUAGCUUCAGAAAGUCUGCCACUCUCUGCCUUUGUCGAAGUUCAGCUUAACAAAGACCAUUUAAGCUUCAUCUAAGUGAAUAUAAACUUCAAACUGCAGAGACGUCCUACAUCUGAUAGUACAACACCUGGUGGAUUAUGACCUUGCAACCAGUAAAGCCGGUGAACUGUGCCAGCCUCCUCCAGCCGGGCUGCUCUCUGCUGCAGCUGGAUGGGGAAGUGCUCCUAUGAAGUUGAGGGCCAUCACCUUCUCCAACGACUCGUGCUACCUCCCCCCACUGCGGUGCCCAGCCGUCUGCCGCCUUGACCCCUACGACGGACUUCCAGAGAGUUACCUAAUACACGGUGGCCGCACUCCAAACAAUGAGAUCUCAUCAAGCUUGUACCUGCUGAGCAUGGACAGCCGUGGCUGCAAUCGCAAAUUGACACUUAGAUGCAAAGAGAAAGAUUUGGUGGGUGAAGUGCCAGGAGCCCGAUAUGGUCACACGGUGAGCAUGGUUCAGAGCCGUGGGAAGACGGCUUGUGUGCUCUUUGGUGGCCGGUCCUACAUGCCUAAAGCAGAGCGGACCACUGAGAGCUGGAACAGUGUUGUUGACUGUCCUCCUGAGGUAUUCCUAUUUGAUCUGGAGUUUGGGUGCUCCUCUGUUCACACUUUACCUGAACUCUGUGAUGGACAGUCCUUCCAUUUGGCUAUUGCCCGAGAGGACUGUGUCUACUUCAUUGGAGGUCACACACUCACAUCUGAUUCCCGUCCAGCUCGCCUAUUUCGCUUGCGUGUUGAGCUCCUGCAGGGCAGUCCCUUGCUUACCUGUGACACUAUAGACACUGGCUUAUCUAUCUCUAGUGCCAUCAUCACGCGUAUGGGUCCCACUCACAAAUAUGUCAUUGUGGGUGGAUAUCAGUCAGAUUGUCAGAAAAGGAUGGAGUGCAGCACAGUGAUUUUGGAUGAGAAAGGGAUCCAUUUUGAAAGUCUGGAACCACCCAAGUGGACUCCAGACAUCAUUCAUAGUCGCACCUGGUUUGGUGGCAGCGCUGGUGAGGGAUGUGUCCUCCUUGCUGUACCCACUGAGGGAAGGUCAUCCCAAUCCGAUACGCAUUACUUCUAUCAGGUCAGCUUCCAAAUGGGGGAACAGUCCAUUGAGGAUGAAGGAACCCAGGCCUGUAGCCAAGAGUCAACCGAUUAUGAAAAUUCUACUCCUCUUGAGGACUCGGAAGAGCUCUAUUUUGGUCGUGAGCCACAUGAGCUGGAGGACAGCAGUGAUGGAGAUGCUGACACUUACAAUGAAGAAGAUGAGGAGGAUGAAUCACAAACAGGAUACUGGAUCAAAUGUUGCCUUGGCUGUAGGGUGGACCCCAACACUUGGGAACCAUACUACUCCACUGAGCUCCAUCGGCCAGCCAUGAUCUUCUGCUCCAGAGGAGAGGGGGGGCACUGGGUCCAUGCCCAGUGCAUGGAGCUGUCUGAGACUCUGCUGCUCAGACUCUCUCAGGGCAACAAAAAGUACUUCUGUAUGGAUCACGGAGGCCUGCCCUACCAGGAGAUGACCCCUCCUCGACAUAUCAUUCCCCUGAAGCGCACCCCCAUCAAAGCCAAAGAGAGAAAAGCACCACUUAUGUACAAGAUGUCCCCAGCUAAAAAAGGGUUUUUCAAGAGGCUUUUUGACUAA